AUGGGCGGGCACACCGCCGGCGGCGGGUUCGGCCUGCUGUCCAGGAAAUUCGGGCUCGCCGCCGACAACGUCCUGGACGCGGUCUUCAUCGCUCCGAACGGGAGCUCCUUCACCCGUGACACCAUGGACGACGACGUGUUCUGGGCCAUCCGAGGCGGCGGCGGAGGGAGCUGGGGCGUGGUGUACGCUUGGAAGCUCCGUCUCGUCCCGGUCCCCGACAACGUCACCGUGUUCAGCGUAGCGCGAUCCGGUCCGGCCGAGCUCAUCGCCGGGCUGAUGCACAGGUGGCAGUACGUUGGGCCUAGUCUCCCCGACGAGUUCUACCUCUCAACGUUAAUUCCGGCGAGGUCAUCAUCGGACGGUAACAUCUCCAUGUCAUUCACCGGCCAGGUUCUUGGACGACCGAAGCAGCUAGCCAUGUCAGUGCUGAACCAGAGCUUCCCCGAGCUGGGCCUCGCCGAGUCAGAGCUCUCUGAGGUGAGCUGGCUCGAGUCGGCGGUGAAGUUCGCCGGCGUCAGCUCAGUCGCGAGCCUCACGAACCGGCAGCCUAGAGUGGGGGAGUACGCGAAGAGGAAGUCCGACUACGUGCAGGCGCCGAUCUCGAUGCAGGACACGAUCAGGAUCGUCCAGUACUUGUCGACGGGGCCGGCGGGAUCGUCCAUCCAGCUGGACCCCUACGGUGGGGCCAUGGCGCGGAUAGGGAGCACCGACACGCCGUUUCCUCACCGUGCUGGAUACCUGUACAGCAUCCAGUAUGCAGUGACUUGGAAUGCAUCGGAUAUGGAUCGUUCAGACGGUCAUGUAGAGUGGCUUCGGUCGUUCUACGCUUUCAUGGCGUCCUACGUGUCAAAGAACCCAUGA